GCGCCCGGGUGCGCGGGAUGCCGGGGCUGGUGGCGUUCGGGAGGCGCUGGGCCAUCGGCAGCGACGACUUCGUUCUCCCUGGGGCCUUCGAGCUGUUCCUGAGGCUGCUGUGGUGGGUCGGCAUCCUCGCGCUGUACGCCGUGCACAAGGGGCGGUUCGGCUGCCCGGGAGGAGCGCUGCUGCACGGCUACCUGCUGGUGCUGCUGGCCCUGCUGGCCGCCAUCAUCUGCACGCUGUCCGCCCUCGUGUACGUCAGCAUGCAAGGAACAAUUUCUAACCCAGGCCCAAGAAAGUCACUUCCCAAGCUACUUUAUACUCGCCUACUUCUCUACUUGCCUGAGUUUAUCUGGGCCAUUGUCGGAGCUGUGUGGGUGUCGGACAGCAGCGUGCGCUGCGACAGCACUGUGAUAAACGUCAUCCUUGGGACAGUUGUUGCAAGCUGGGUUAUCAUUGUCUUUACCAUCAUCGGAGUGCUCAUUGUCUUUGAUCCACUCGGGGGGAAAAAGACAUUUUACCUCACUGAUGGCUUAGAUCGGAACUUGGAAAGCAGCCAGUCGGGGCAGCUGCUGUACAAUGUGAAGAACACUGCUACCAGAGUCUGGGAGAAAAGAAUCCGGUUGAUGUGCUGCUGUAUUGUGCAGGACGAUGACCAUCGAGUGGCUUUCACAAGCAUUGCAGAGCUCUUCCGCGCCUACUUCUCAGACACAGAUCUGGUGCCGAGUGACAUAGCAGCUGGUUUGAUUCUGCUCCAUCAAGAGCAAGAUAAAAUGGAAAGCUGCCCAAAAGAGCCAGAAGAAGUCCUCUGUCACUCCCCGUCGUCUCUUGCGGCUGAUGACUUGGAUGUUGAACUGGAGCACGCUGCUCACUACAUGCUGUUUGCUGCAGCUGCCUAUGGCUGGCCCUACUACAUAUACACCAGCCCAUUCACUGCACUCUGUAAGCUCAAUGGUGACUGUUGCAGAAGUAGACCAGAAGAUUCUGAUAUAACUGGAAGUGAUCGUCGCAACUUUCACUUUGGAUCCAUCUUAAGAAUAACAGGACUGCAGUACAGAGACUUCAUUCAUAUCAGUUUUCACAACAAGAUCUACGAGAUUCCAUUUUUUGUUGCUUUGGAUCACAAAAAAGAAGCUAUUGUGGUUGCAGUGAGAGGAACGUUGUCUUUUGAGGACAUUCUCACUGAUCUGUCAGCAGACUGUGAAGACCUGACCCUGGAAGAUGUUCUGGAGAAUGGCUUCGUGCAUAAGGGAAUAACUCAGGCUGCAAAUUACAUCUAUCAAAAGCUAAUUAAUGAUGGAAUUUUAAACCAGGCUUUCACAAUUGCUCCAGAAUACAAGCUUGUGAUAGUUGGUCACAGUUUGGGUGGUGGAACAGCUUCUGUAUUGGCGAUCAUGCUCAGGAACUCCUUCCCAACAUUAAAAUGUUAUGCCUUUUCUCCUCCAGGAGGACUUCUAAGCAAAACGCUUGCAGAGUACUCUAAACGCUUCAUUGUUUCGGUCAUUCUUGGAAAGGACCUUGUUGCAAGGUUAAGCAUGCCCAACAUGGAGGACUUAAAGAGAAGAAUAGUGAGAAUUGUGGCAAACUGCAACAGACCUAAGUACCAGAUUUUGUUGCGUGGCUGUUGGUAUGAAGUAUUUGGAGGAGAUCCAGAUAACUUCCCAACUGAGCUGGAUGGGAGGAACGACGAUGCCCUGACGCAGCCCCUUCUAGCUGAGGAAAGCUUAAUGGUGCAUCGCUCACCUUCAUACAGUGCCCUCAGUGGAGAAUCGCACUUAAAUUCUCCGCCGCAGUACCCUCGUCUGUACCUUCCUGGGAAGAUUAUCCAUAUUGUAGAAGAAUCCAGCUCUAGGAGGUUGUGCUCUUCAGACAUUAAAUACUCUGCAAACUGGUCAAAUGAAACAGUCUUCAGCAGCAUUUUAAUUAGUCCCAAGAUGAUAACAGACCACAUGCCCGAUGUUGUGCUCAACGCUCUCAACAGUUUGUCUCAAGAACAUAGAUCUUGUAUGUCUUGUCAAACAAAAUAAUGGAAUAGAGUGUGGUACGUAGCUCAGAAGAGAGAAUUGCUUUAAACAAAAAUGAAAAAUGCAGCUUUGAGGUAUUCAGGAUACAUUCUACUUUCAUAGAGUGGAUUCCAGUACUUUUCUUAUCUUGUGCGUAACAAACAAGAGGUUUUGGUGCCCUUGUCUCUGCAGUGAUCUCAAGCAACAUUAUGAUGGGUGAAGCGCAUAUUCUGCACUGAUGCUGAAGCUUGAGCUUUUCCAAAAGUGGAACAGUAUACAAGUGCCAUCCAAGCUGCUGCAAGCUGUCACCAGAGAGCUGAGCCUUCAACUGAACGCUUGACGGAGGUGAGGCCAGCUUGUCAGCACAGAGCCCUGUGAGGCAGGUAAAAAAAGAAUCCAGUUCUGCCUCCAAGUCACUUUGUUCCACUGCUCACGGGUGUCCUGCACCCUGCUGCUGCGGAGCACAGGCUGCCUGCUAACGGUGCUGUGAAGAAAGCAGUGCUGCAGUGCACAAGUUGGCUGCAGCUGAGCAGCAGGAGGUGAGUGAGGGACUGCUUGUGGUCAGGGCAGCCUGGCACGUGGGUGUGUGAAGGCAGGCCCUACUAUUGUGUCAUUUUUGUUUUGUUUUUAAUCGGGCAGUUCUGGUUGCACUGUUUUAUCUUUAAGGGUGUGUAGCAUCCCUGUUGGAGGUGGUGGGAGUCACGUGUAAGUGCUGCUUGGGUUUACAUGUGCAAUAUUCUUAAUCUACCUGGCUUUUGUAUUUGUUGACCAACAGGACUACUUUUAAUUAAUUUUAAACUGAACCAAUACUUUAACUAUUUAAUGAGGAAAAACAAUUGUUCAUGCUUCACCUUCAUCCUGGUAGUCACUAGCUCUAAUGAAAACAGCAAUUUGUAAUUCUGCAAAAAAUAUAUAUUUGUACAGUGAAACUGGUUUUAAGAGUGUGGCUUGUUUCUAGUGUGUAAGUACUUGAACAACUUUUUAAGUCAAGAGCAUUUCUUUCUUAUCAAAAGAAAUUGCAAGAAAUAAGUAACCAUAUGACAUGGUUAAGAACAGCCCUGUGGUGUUCUUGCUGUGAUACUUAAUGAGGAAGAAAAAAUAAAACACGCUGUAAAGAACUUGUUUCCUUAUCUUCGCGUCUUCUGGGCGUGAGACAAAAAGUAGUGGUUGGUAACUGGUUGUGCAGUGAGCUGAGUUCUCCCUGCUGGGGCAGGGCUGCUGCUUCCUUCCUGCCUGAGCUGGAGCACCCACGGGCACGAAGGCAGGCAUGUGACUACAGGUAAACGCAAAUGGCUGAACUCCAAGAGCGUUAACAGCUCACUGGGGUGGGGCCGCCCUUUUACAAGCUCUCAGAAACACCCCAAGUACCAAGAGGACAAAAAAAAACAACUUUUGUUUGCAUACAGUAAGCUGAAUAACUUCUGUUGCGUGCAUUUUUCCCCUGGUUCUCACAAUCUUUAAAACGCUGUGGGACAAAUAGCAACUCAAAUGAUGGUGCAGGGCUGAAGAAGCAGGGGUAAGUACUGCAUUUAAUUCUGGUCUGUAACAUCGGAGCAUCACUGAAAGUGCCUGUGGCUGUUCAGCACAAAUAGACUGAGGACACACACAGCCCAAGUUGCUGCUUGUGCACAGUGCUACAAGCGUGAGAAAGCUUGCCCAAAAACUCAACACUACCACAUGUGAUUCAAGGAUUUAUUAAGUCAUACAUGCAAAACAUACUGCUAAUUGCAUUAGCAAAAGAUCAAUGUAAAAACUUCACAAUUUUGCAACUUUUAAGUUUUGCUUUCGUGGUUGAAAGGGUGUAGUUCAACACUGUAUUCCUGCCAGCUGAGGAUGUACAGAACAUUAGCACUAGUUUACAGAACCUCACAGACCCAAGUUACCAUUACUCAAUCUAUGCUGCACAUGGACAUGAAGGUGACAAAGAACACUUGUCUGCAUUAGUAAUGUUACAGUGUUGGGGACAUCUGGCAAAUAGUGACAUCUGAGAAGGUUCAUAGAUUAUAGAGGUCUAAAAUAUAAAAACUGCUAGGAUGUGUAAAGCUGCUUCACAUGAUUUGUACACCUAGUUAAUAGACUAAAAGCUCCUCAGAAAGCUUAACUUACUGGGUUGGAAAUAACAGAAACAGAAGAAGGCUAUGCUUGAUCAUUCUACUUAACUAAAAAAAAAAUCUAUCAUCAGAAAGGUUUUAAAAUACAAGCUCUAUUGCUCGGUAAGAAGAGAUUCUACAAGAAAAGCAUUUACUACACAAGGUGUGGGAAUGGCUGUUCAAAACUAGCUAAAUGAAUGCCCUAUGUGAACGUCAAAGGAAUUUACCUAUGAACACCAACCUCUCUUCCACUACUGCACACCUGGGGAAGCAGUCACCAAUUUUAACCUUAAGUAGAGUUGACUCAAUUUCAACUACUCUGGCAGUGUAGUGUAAAUUGAUCUGUACAGUGUCAAAAUACUGUCUGGCACUAUCAGUUGAUCCAAGCCACUGUUUCAUCACGACACAAUUCUGUCAAAAGGACUAAAUAUACUUCAGUAAGAACAGUUUUUGUUUUUGAAAUCACAGCAGCAAGAACUAGAUUGCAACCAAGCCCUUACCAACGAUAAAGCAUUUUACACUGUGACUUGUCAGUCACUGUCAGUGACUUGGGUUCACUAUACAAUGCUAUGCAAUGACCCUGGGUUGAGAAAACAUUUAAUAAUAAAAUGUUGGACUGCAGUGUUUUGCUAAUUAUACGGUACUGUCACUGUGAAAAACUAGAAAGUGUUUUUGCAUUUCCUAACAGAAAUUAGAGUCAUCUUCAAGAAGAAUCUUUAAAAAACAGUUUAGUGCUUAGUGUUCGUUCCUAGCACAAUACAACUUAGUUCAGCAGAUAGUUUGGCAACGCUUAAGUAAUUGAGCAAGAAUAAGAUUUUAAAAAUAAGGCUUUAUAUAGGUUUGUCUUUUAGGAUUUUGCUUUUAGUAGAAUGAAAAGGAACUUUCAUACUUCAAACAAAUGAAACCGUGGAAUUAUUGAUUGGUUCAAAAAUUUAUGGAAGAGAACUAAUUUAUAAUAGACAAACUUGGCAUUGAAUGUGAAUGCUCCAUUGUUCUGAGCAAAGCACAGGGUUUGGAGGGGUGGGGAAGGGUGACUUUACAGCAGCAGACAUUUUCUCUUCCUCUUCUUUACAGGCGGGGGGCACAGAACCGCUCGGAUAGCUUCGUCAAACACUGUCUUGAGGCCUCGCUGUGUAAGUGCUGAGCAUUCCAGGUAUUUCACUGCACCUGUGGGAAGCAAGGGGGCAAUUACAAAGCACUUCUCCACAGUUACAGAAAGCACUGCUUCUGCAGUGAACUCCACAACAAAAGCCUGGCGUUUCUGUUAAUAACGCUGCAGUAGCUUCCACAAACAGAAGUUAGACCCAAGCCCCCAGUAACCCAUUGCAGCCAUACCUAUCUCUUUUGCCAUGGCAAGGCCCUGUGGGUAGGUGAUAGGAGUCAGCUUCUUCUCCUUCAGUUUUUCAAUAGUGUCUUUAUCAUCUCUGAGAUCGAGUUUGGUACCCACUAAAAUGAUGGGAGUGUUGGGGCAGUGGUGCCGCACCUCAGGAUACCACUGCACAGAAAGCAGUAACAGUGUCAGUGUGCAGGUUCUCAAACAUUACAACUGUGAAGCUCAGAGCCUUUCGUUACACUUUCAGGUGUCAAAGAACAAAAGGGGAGAACAUAAGAGCUCUUUAAGAUGGAAUUUAAAAAAAAAAAAAAAAAAGCAUACAAUUGCAAAACAAUUCUUUAUUCAUUCCAACAGGUAUUUCCAUAUACUUAGAAAUGAUCCCAUUAAGGCUGUAUCUUUUCUCCAUGCUGGAAAAACCUCGAUCUGCAUUUCUCCCACCCGUGGCACCCACCUCUCCUUUGUGACCAAGUGCCUUAGGCUCAGAUGUCCAAAGGACAUGAAGCAAUGUAACAGCAGCAGAGCAGGUACCUGAACGGUGACCGAUUGACAGAACAGUGCUCCCAGCCUAACUGCCACAUGCACUUGUUUUUCCUUCAAACCACUGUAAAAUCAACAAUACAUUUAAAUGAAAUAAUGCCAGCUUAUAUUUACCUUAGCACGAACAUUUUCAAAGGAAGCAGGACUCACAAGGGAAAAGCAGAUUAAGAAGACAUCCUAAAAAACAAAGCGGACAGAAGUCAGCUCAGCAGAUCAACCUGUGGAAAAACUGCAUCGCCGUGCAGAGAGCAGCACCCCCACCAUCUGUACCACAACUUGCAAGGAGAGGUCGGACACAGCUGGAUGCAACAAUCAGAGGCAGCUUCCCUGUGGAAAUCCAUUCCCAGACUGCUACAAGCAGAGGCAGAGAGGUACGUGGGGAGGGAAACACGUAGAUUGUAAUCAAGUUUAUAAUCAGCUAUUGCAGUAGCCAACAACCAAACAUCACUGCACUGCAGGUUUAUUGCCCUGAAUGUUCCUUCUCUCUUACUGACAUUUAGAAACACUUGAGCUUCCCCACAAACACCGCAGCAGAGAGGCAAGAGACUGGCUUCUGAGCUGGGGAUGGCUGCUCUUACUGACCUCUAAGCAAUUUAAUCCUUAAAAGACACCUAACUUCUCAGCAUAGGUUGUUACGAAGCAUUACCAGCAGCACCAAUUUCUGAAAAAGAAUAUACUAUUGAUGUACUCCAAAGUAAUCUUAAACUGCAAAGGCAGUGUACUGCUGUGAGUGAAAAAGCAAUAUCACAACAUCAGCUUCCACAACAGUUACUCCCAUGCUAAAGGCAGAAGAAUCUGUUACUACUGUCGAUUCUAUCUAAGACUUUUAAGGACUUCUCUGUAACAAAACUAGGAUUGAGAAGGGUAUUUAAAAUCUCACAUCACACUACCUCUUCUCUUCCAUUUCCAAACUAUGAGGAAGCAUAGACAGGAAAGUGGGCUCCUUUUAGGGAACUUACGCAUCUUGGCUUUUACUUGAAAGCAAAGAUGAUAAAUAAGAUGGUGUGAAAUUAUCACACGGCAGAUGUCUCUGCUAACUGCUGUACAGUACAUUAAGAAAACAAAAAGCAACAAAGUCCAUUACAGUCAUCUACAAGCACUCCAAAUAACCACACAAACUCACUCUAUGCAACUAGAUGAGGGCAGUUCUGCUGUAUGACCCCAAAUUCAAUAAACACAUCUCAAACAG